AUGUCAUUCUUCCAACCGCAAGCACCAAAAGCACCCAAGAAGAAUGCAGCUAAUCCCGAACUCCAGCCAUGGGUUGAAAAGUAUCGACCCAAAACCAUUGACGACAUCUCUGCUCAGGAGCACACAGUGGCGGUACUGCGGAGAACAUUGACCUCUACAAAUCUCCCCCACAUGCUAUUUUACGGACCACCAGGGUCGGGGAAGACAUCGACAAUCCUUGCGUUGUCGAGGCAGUUAUUUGGACCAGAUAACUUCCGUUCACGAGUACUCGAAUUAAAUGCAUCUGACGAGCGUGGAAUUGCAAUCGUGCGCGACAAGAUCAAGAACUUUGCUAGGCAGACACCUCGAGCUCAAGCAGUCUCUUCUGAUGGAAAGACUUACCCAUGUCCUCCGUAUAAAAUCAUCAUCCUUGACGAAGCCGACUCUAUGACACAGGAUGCGCAGGGCGCUUUGCGGCGCAUCAUGGAAACCUACGCUAGGAUCACCCGGUUCUGCCUCGUUUGUAAUUACGUGACACGAAUUAUUGAACCACUCGCGUCCCGAUGUUCCAAAUUUCGCUUCAAGCCCCUUGACUCGACUUCAACGUCCAGCCGUCUCUCUCAGAUUGCUCUCGAGGAACAUAUUUCAGUAACAGACGAAGUAGUUUCUACCCUCAUCAAUACCUCACAUGGCGACCUCCGACGCUCCAUCACCUACCUCCAGUCUGCCUCCCGCCUCGCUAUGUCAACUAACCCACCAACGGAGAUUACGCCAAGUGACAUACAGGAAAUCGCAGGAGUGGUGCCCGAUACCGUGAUAAACGACUUUGCUGCGACUCUUGGCGUUGAAGUGCUCGUUCCCAAUGCGAUGGAUGUCGACAUUCCAGCAACUUCUAGAGCCAAAGAUUUUGAUGGGGUAAAGAAGAAAGUUAAGGAAAUUAUUCGUCAGGGCUACUCUGCGACACAGAUCUUGUCCCAGCUGCACGAUCUGGUCAUUGAACACCCCACUCUAUCCGCUCGACAGAAAUCGCGAUGUGCGCUCGUUUUCGCCGAGGCGGAUAAAGCUCUGUGUGAUGGCGCAGACGAGGAACUUUGGAUCUUAGAAGUUGGCUUAUGUGUGCACAAAGCCUUAUCAUAA